CGGGCGGGAGACUCCGGCGGCGGCGUGGACCCUGCUCGGCCUCCCGGCGCCCUCGCUCCGCGUCUUCCCGCGCGCCUGUGGGAGCGCGCGCGCAGCCCUUCCACGGGGUAUUCCACGGGCAACCGAUCGACCGCCCUCCCUCCUCGGCGCCCUUUGUGCUGGAACCCCGCCGCCGCCGCCAUCCCAGGUGCUUCUCCCCGCCUCCCCGCACGCGAACGCAGGUCGGUGGACUGUGCCUUCGGUCUCAGCUUCGUCCCCCGCGCCACCGCGCUCUCCCGGUCCCGGGGCUGACCCGCGGCUUCGCCGCCCCCACUCUCGGCCGCCGAUCGCCCAGCCACCCGCCAUGGCGACCGCGACCCCCGUGCCGCCGCGGUCCGGCAGCCGCGCCGGCGCCCCCGCCACGCCGCUGAGCCCCACGCGGAUGUCGCGGCUGCAGGAGAAGGAGGAGCUGCGCGAGCUCAAUGACCGGCUGGCCGUGUACAUCGACAAGGUGCGCAGCCUGGAGACGGAGAACAGCGCGCUGCAGCUGCAGGUGACGGAGCGCGAGGAGGUGCGCGGCCGCGAGCUCACCGGCCUCAAAGCGCUCUACGAGACCGAGCUGGCCGACGCGCGCCGCGCGCUCGACGACACGGCCCGCGAGCGCGCCAAGCUGCAGAUCGAACUGGGCAAGUUCAAGGCCGAGCACGACCAGCUGCUGCUCAACUACGCUAAGAAAGAGUCUGACCUGAAUGGAGCCCAGCUGAAGCUUCGAGAAUAUGAAGCAGCACUGAACUCUAAAGACGCAGCUCUGGCCACUGCACUUGGUGACAAAAAGAGCCUCGAGGCUGAUUUGGAAGACCUCAAGGACCAGAUCGCCCAGUUGGAAGCUUCCUUAACCGCCGCCAAAAAGCAACUGGCAGACGAGACUUUGCUGAAAGUAGAUUUGGAGAACCGUUGUCAGAGCCUCACUGAGGACUUGGAGUUCCGGAAAAACAUGUACGAAGAGGAGAUUAACGAGACCCGAAAGAAGCAUGAGUCGCGCUUGGUUGAAGUGGACUCGGGUCGUCAGAUCGAGUACGAGUACAAGCUGGCUCAAGCCCUGCACGAGAUGAGAGAGCAGCACGAUGCCCAAGUGCGGCUGUACAAGGAGGAGCUGGAGCAGACGUAUCACGCCAAACUCGAGAAUGCCAGACUGUCCUCAGAGAUGAAUACUUCUACUGUAAACAGUGCCAGGGAAGAACUGAUGGAGAGUCGGAUGAGAAUCGAGAGCCUUUCGUCUCAGCUGUCUAAUCUACAGAAAGAGUCUAGAGCGUGUUUGGAAAGGAUUCAAGAGUUGGAGGACUUGCUGGCUAAAGAGAGAGACAACUCACGUCGCCUGCUGACCGAUAAGGAGAGGGAGAUGGCCGAGAUAAGGGACCAGAUGCAGCAGCAGCUGAACGAUUAUGAGCAACUGCUGGAUGUCAAGCUGGCCCUGGACAUGGAGAUCAGCGCCUACAGGAAGCUCCUGGAGGGCGAGGAGGAGCGGCUGAAGCUCUCUCCGAGCCCCUCCUCCCGUGUGACUGUGUCCCGAGCCUCAUCCAGCCGCAGUGUGCGUACCACGCGAGGGAAGCGGAAGAGGGUGGAUGUGGAAGAGUCGGAGGCCAGCAGCAGUGUCAGCAUCUCGCACUCUGCCUCAGCCACUGGCAACGUCUGCAUCGAAGAGAUUGAUGUCGACGGGAAGUUCAUCCGCUUAAAGAACAUGUCGGAGCAGGAUCAACCAAUGGGAGGCUGGGAGAUGAUCAGAAAAAUUGGAGACUCAUCAGUCAGUUACAAAUAUACCUCAAGAUAUGUGCUGAAGGCAGGCCAGACUGUUACAAUUUGGGCUGCCAAUGCUGGUGUCACAGCCAGUCCUCCCACUGACCUCAUCUGGAAGAAUCAGAACUCCUGGGGCACUGGUGAAGAUGUGAAGGUUAUUCUGAAGAAUUCUCAGGGAGAGGAGGUUGCUCAGAGAAGUACAGUCUUUAAAACCACCCUCCCAGAAGAGGAGGAAGAAGAGGAGGAGGAGGCAGCAGGUGUGCUGGCUGAGGAGGAGCUCUUCCACCAGCAGGGAACCCCAAGAGCAUCCAACAGAAGCUGUGCAAUUAUGUAAACCUCUCAAGUCCACUUGUCUUCCUUGAGAUAAAGAAACAUGGAAACCCUUACCUACAUGCAGUGCAGAGCCUUCUCAGAAGCACAGAGUAUUUUUAUAUUUCCUUUAUGUGAAUUUUAAAGCUGCGAAUUUGAUGGCCUUAAUUUUCUUUUGACACUGAACGUUUUGUAAAGAAAAUCAUAUCCAUUACACUUCUGUUGCAAGAUGUGAACUAUUGACACUGAACUAAUUGUACUGUUUGGAAAGGGUCCCUCAAAGUUUUUGGCUUUUUUUGUUUUUGUAUGUGUUUUCUUUUCUUUUUUUUUUUAAGUUCUUAUGAGAAGGGGAGGGGAGGGUAAGUAAACCACUGUGUAUUGGGAUGUAAUUUGAAGAUUGCUCCAUCUAGAUUAGCAAUCUGCUCUUGAUUAUCCUCUGCUAUAUAUAAUGGUGCUGUGAGGGAGGGGAAAGCAUUUUUUCAAUAUAUGGAACUUUUGUACUGAAUUUUUUUGUAAUAAGCAAUCAAGGCGAACAAAUUUUUUUUAAAUAGAAAAGAGAAAUUUUCUAAGAAGGCAAUAUUAACCUAAUCAUCAUGUGAGCCCUCUGGAUGAAGGAUUCCACAAUCUUUGUUUUAUGGUUAU